AUGCCCACCCACACGCCCUCCCCGCACCGCUUCCUAGCCCCACACCCACCCUCGACGCAACAAAAACCGCGCCAAAAACCGCCCUCAAAUCUGCGCCAUGUGCAGCUGCCCACUCCAACGCCGACACGCCACGCACCCCUCGCUGCGCAGACGCCAACGCCCGCGAAGCGCUUUGUGACGGCGCAGGAGGGGAGGAGUGGGAGUGUGAGUGGGAGUGGGAAUAUUGCGCCCCUGCGAUCGAGACCGAGGCGCAAGUUGGAGCGCGUGGAGAGCAUUGAGGAGGUGCGGUCUAGUCCGUCGCGAGGGUGCAAUGACAGGGAUGGGGUUCUACACUCUAUUGAGCAGGUUAUGCAAGAAGAAUCCGACGACGAUGCCGAAGACGAGGAAAUCCUCUUCGACCCAUCACUACAUAAACGGCGACGUCUCAGUUCGCCAAUCCUCCCACCGCAAACACCAGCACAGCGGUUUCGCAUCCCGCCGCGCACACAUACACCCCUCGCACUACCACUACCCCCAUCUCAACUCCCACCCCCAACUACAACAUCUACAACAACAACAACACAACACAACCGCCCGCCCCUCCUCCUCCCCCCCCUCCCCACAUCCCCCCCCAAACCAGCAAAACCCCUCCCGCAGAUCUUCUCCCCGUCCCGCAAAAACGCACGGUACACGCCCAACGGUCUGGCAUCCACGGUGCAGGGCUGGAUUGUAGAGACGGCGAGUACGGGGGAGGGGAGGGGGGGUAUGCUGUGGGGACGGGAAAGGGAGGAUGGCGUGAGGGUGAGGGUGCGUGUUACUGAUGUUGGAGGGCUGGAGGGGGGUGCGGUGCGGUGUUUGGUCGGGGGUGUAGUGGUUGUUCGUGCGUCUGUGGAUGCGGGGUUGGGUGAUGUGGUGCGUGUGUCUGGGUCGGUCGUGGAUGGGGAGCAGGGCGUGGGCGUUCUGCUCGCGGGACAGGGUGGGGCGAGAGGUGUGGCGAGUGUUGAGGUGAGUGUUGGGUCGCUGGUGGGGAUUCGGGCGCCGACGUGGGAUGUGGAAGUUGGGGGCGAGUCGUGGAUUGUUGGUGUGGAUUGGGUGGUGCUGUGA